CGCUACUGAGCAGACUCAAUCUAGUUAGCCAUGGCGGCGACAGGAGGAGGGAAAAUCAGAUCAAGAAGAUAUCACAUCGCUUCAAAACCAUACGCCAAGGGCAAACAGCAGCAGCCAGGCCUGAUCAGUCGAGUGACGGAUACAGUGAAAAGCAUAGUCCCCUCCUGGCUGCAGAAAUACUUCAAAAAUGGAGAAGUUGCAGAGGGUGAAGAAGCUGCAGUCAGGGUGGAGCGGAACAAUGUGGCUCCUCCCCCCAAUGGCAAUGAUGAUGGUGCCCCACACCCAGAUGGACGAGACUCUCCAGAGCCUAGCACAAGUAACACAGAACAAUCUACAAGCAGGGCAUCACUGAACUUCCAUGAUGCUCUGUCAAGGCCCCCACUCAAUCGCACCAAUCUUCAAUUCCCCUCUCUUGAUGGCUCUCCUGCACUAGAGGGAUCAAGUUUCCUUUUCUCACAGCCUUCCACAUCUACAGCACCCUUUUCGGGAAGCCCUUUCGCUCUAACCUCCAACUUUUCCCUGGUGAAGGAGAUCAAGGAUUCCAGCUCUCAGCAUGAGGAUGACAACAUCUCUACCACCAGUGGCUUUUCAUCACGUGCAUCUGAUAAAGAUGUGCCCACGUCAAAGACUGUGCCACUCCUCUGGUCACCAGAGAUGGAACGCACCCACUCUGGAUUACAGUCUGGCAUCAAGAAACCAGCCUUCAACCUGUCAGUCUUCGGCACUUCCUCAUCAUCAGUGUUAAAUAGUUCAGUUCUGAACUCCAGUCAGUUGGGGAAUUCGCCCUUCUACCCAGGGAAGACCACAUAUGGAGGAGCUGCUGCGAUCAGAACAGCUCGUACACGUCCUGCUACCCCUUACCAGCCUCCUGUUAGGAGACAGAUAAAGGCAAAGCCAGCUGGAACUCAACCUUGCGGAGUAACCAGUGCUACAGCUAGACGCAUCCUUCAGUCGCUGGAACGCAUGUCCAGUCCUCUUGCUGAUGCAAAAAGAAUUCCUUCUACAGUUUCUUCACCUUUGUCAACAUCACUGAAUCAAACAGACCUUGACAUUUCACAUUUCCAGUUGAAGAGGAAAAAGCUGGAGUCAUCAGUCCCUCCUGUGCAGAAGCUGGUGGUCCCAGCAGCUACUGCAGUGUCUGGUAACCGUUCGAUGUCCUUCAGACCAUCACUCACCCCAGGUGGAGUUAACAGAGUCUGCGAAAAAGCCAACAGAGAGAAUCCUGCAAGACAAUCCCCUCCAAUUUCAGAUAAGAUCCCUCCCAGCACAAGCAUUUUGUCCUAUCCCUUGUCCAGCACCCCAGCGGCCAGCAGCUCUAGUUCAGGAGGGGGCAAGAUGAAGAGAGAAAGGACUGCAAGACCUUCUACCAAAAGACUUGAUGAUGAGGUUGCUGAAGAACCAGACUUGCCACCAGCCUCACUCCCCAGUAAUUUCACAUUGCCCUCCUUUAGUUUCUCCCCUCCUCCUCCCACUUCCUCCCUGACCUCCAGCACAACACCACUUACAGCGGUCUCUAAUGGUCCUGCUGUAAACAAGGAACCAGCAUCUGUCCCAUCCUCACCCCCAUCUGUCCCCUUCACAUUUUCAUCACCUUUUGUCAAGGCAACAGCUACCAGUCCUCCAUCUUUUUCUCCAUCAUCUGGAUUCACCUUCAGUGCUCCCACCAUGAAAACAGGACUCUCUUUCUCCAACGGAAAUCUCACCCAAACAGUAGAGCUAGUAAGAUCAGCUGCCAGUGAAAAGGAGUUGGAAGAAACCUUCAAACCUGCAAAAGUCUUAAAACAGGGCAGUGUGCUGGAUCUACUGAAGGGACCUGGAUUUUCGUCCCCUACUCAGAGCUCAGCUAACAAACCCUUACAGACUGCAUCAUUGACGCGGAGUACAACCUCUGCUCCUCUUUAUAGUUUUGGUGAUAAAUUUAGACCUCCUGCAGGAUCAUGGAGCUGCGGCACUUGCCUUUUGCAGAACAAGUUCUCAGACAAUAAAUGUGUGGCUUGUCUCGCACCACAAACUAUUACAGACUCUAAAUUGGACAGUAAACCUGCUAAGACCUCUGCAAGCAUCAGUUCUGUCUUUGCCCCUCCAGCUGGUAGCUGGGAAUGUGACACAUGUCUGGUUAGCAACAAACCAGAAGUGGUUAAAUGCGUAGCUUGUGACACAGCCAAACCUGGGACUGGAGUGAAAUCAAGCCUGACUCUACCGGCUCCCUCUGAGACCUCAUCCAAGCUCUCUGCUGCCCCUUCAGCCUACUCUAUAACCACUGUGAGCACCACUUCUACAGCAACUGGACUGUUAGGGUUUGGGGACAAAUUUAAUAAACCAGAGGGGGCUUGGGAUUGUGAUGUGUGCUGUGUUCAAAACAAGGCGCAGGAUGUUAACUGUGUUGCCUGUCAGACCCCUAAACCAGGAGCUGUAGCCACACCGGCCCCGACUCCUGCCUCUGCACCUGCAAGCACUGCUGCACCUUUGUUAGGAUUCGGAGACAAGUUCAAGAAACCUGAAGGGAGCUGGGAAUGUGAGGUGUGCUGUGUUCAGAAUAAGGCAGAGGACCAGAAGUGUGUGGCCUGCCAGUCAGCAAAACCAGGAGCUAAAGUAGAAUCCAAAGGUAUUAGUUCUUUUGGCAUUCAGUCCAACUGUACAGACUCAAGCUCGUGUGGUUUCAAGUUUGGUACCGACUCUAUGGACUCAACCUCUGCUGGACUAAAAUUUGGGGGCACUUUUUCAGAUUCUUCUUCCAAUGCAGGAGGAUUUAAAUUUGGAUUGGGGUCCUCUGGUGACUCCACCUCAAAUUCGGGAUCCUUCAAAUUUGGAGGCUCUUCCUCCGAUACCUCUUCUGGUGGCAUCAAACUUGUUAGUACCUCCUCAGAAACCACAGCAGCAAGCACAAGUUCAACAGGGGGCUUUAAUUUUGGUAGUUCUUUGACCACAACUCCUGCAUCUACAAAUGAAGAGAAGGUGGCUGAGUCUCAGAAUUCUAGUGCAGGAUUUAAAUUUGGUGGCAGUGGUGGAAUCACUAUUGGCUCUGAAAACUCCGGAUGUUUAUUUGGAGCUAAACCUAAUGAGAAAAUAAGUUCCAAUUCAUCAUUUAGUUUCUCAGUGCCUGAGUCCAAGGCAAAGAAGGAUGAUGCUCCUGCUCCCUCAGAAACUGUUUCAACCACCACCACCACAACAACAACAGCAGCAGUAAACACCAUCCCUGAUUUUGGCAAAGUAACUGAAUCUUCUCCAUCUGCCCCAAAGUUUGGGGAACCAGCAGCUAAAGAGCCAACACGGGGGACGUCUCCCUUCACCUUUGGAAAACCAGAAGAAAAAAAAGAUGCCUCCAUGCCCUCGGUUGCGUUCUUAUUCAGUUCUGCCAAGGACGCUGAGAAAUCAACGGCAUCCUUGGGCUUCUCUUUCAGCAAGCUGGACCCUCCAAAAGAUCUUCCCAAGUCUACAUUUGCAUUUGGUAAACCUGCUGAAUCAACAGAACCCCCAAAGCCAUCAUUUGGUUUUGGACCGAGUGUGGCAGACACGUCUGCUCCAAAACCAACUUUUGGCUUCAUGGCCAACUCUUCAAGCACCCCUGCUUCCUCCAGCUCCACCCCCAGCCUUUUUGGCACCCCCACUACUUCUUCCCUGGUCCCCACCUCUGCUCCAACGAGUACCUUUAUAUUUGGUCAAAAUUCCUCCUCUGAACCUGCCCCAGCAAAGUCUUUUGUGUUUGGACUGCAGCAGGACAGCCAGCUAGCACCUUCUGCUGCACCUACCCCAACACAACCUUUCCAAUUCGGCACAGGCUCAAACUCUGCUGCCCCUGCUUUCACCUUUGGUGCUGCUGCGUCCUCCACGCCAGCCUCUGCCGCUCCUGCUUCCUCUGCCAACCCUUCCCCAUUUGUCUUCAGUUCUACCACACCCUCAUCUGGUUUUGGCACUGGGCAAACCCCCAUCUUUGGACAGGGAAUGUCUCAGAGCAGCGCUCCUGCGUUUGGGUUAGCAGCACCUUCAUUUCCAACCACAGCCUCCCCAGCCACUACCUUCAGAGCCAAGCCCAGUUCUGCCCCUGUAUUUGGCCAGCAAGCCAACCCUACACCUACGUUUGUACCUGCUGCUGCCUCCACUGGCCGAGGAGGGUUUCAGUUUGGAAGCACUGGUGGGUUUGGAUCAUCAGGGAGCAGCAGUGGUGUGUUUGCUUUUGCCGCUGGAUCAGCAGCUCCAGCUACACCUGCGGCCAGUCCAGCCAUGUCCACCCUAAAUGCUCCCACUGGAGGAUUCAGCUUUGGUCAGAGCCCUACCUUUAAUAUUGGGUCAGCAAAGAAUCCAUUCCCCCCAACACCAUCUGGACAGAAUUCAAUCGCCGGACGCAAAAUCAAAACUGCUGUUCGACGCAGGAAAUAGAAGUUGUAAUGGAUUUUCGUGAUUCAGGCUGCCUCCUGAUGGGACAAACACUGAAGUAAUUAGUAUUUUGAGCAUGGCGCUGUGAAAACUCAUAGUUUUGUGGAAUUCGUUUUGCUAUCAUUGAAGAAACUGAAUGGGGGAACACUGGCCUACACGGAGAACUUAACCAAGACUUCAAGAUGCAAAAUAACAUUACAAUCAAGCAAGAACCUUUUACUUUAUUAAAUCUUCUCACCUUCUGCAUUGUGUGCAGGAUUUGCUUUUUCAUGUUUUGUAAGUAAAACAAAAACAAGAAUUUAAAAAGUUGCUCUGAAGAAUAAGUAUUGAUGUAUUGCUUAUGCUUGGGUUGACUUAAUAUGGCUGAGAGAGUGACCUAGUUGCUGAAUUUAUAGAAGAGUGCAUUAUCUUUGUACUGAUUGACCUGUGUUUCCUGUGCGCAGGUUAUGUUUGUGUGGUUUCUUUGUAUGUGCCGAACUGUGUUUGAUGUAAAAAUUGUAGCCUGAGUGCUGUCUUGAGUGAGAAGCAAAAUGAAUGUUUUAAGGAGGCAGAGAGAUGGUGAGGACCACUCUCCUCCGCUGCAGAGAUAUGCAGGCAAGGAAGAUAAAAGGAAGUCUUGAAUUCUUCUCCUUAGAUCUUCUAUAAAUCUGUAGUUCCAAAUCUGUUCACGUUCAUCUUGUACACUUUCUUAUUUCCUUUCUCUUUUUUUCUUUCUUUUUUUUUUUUUUUUUGUCUACCCUCUCAAUUUGAUACCAACUUUUCUUCCACUAUCAAUUCUUUUACUGUCCUCUCAUCCUUCAACUUGCGCUUCUGAAUCAAUUAAUUGGCCUUUUGAAUAUUAUUAAAAAAUUGUAAAUAGUGACUUUUUUUAAUCUGUGAAGUUGUUAAACCAUAUAUUUUUCUUUUUUUUUUCUUCAGUGUUCUGUCUUUUAGAAAUUAUUAUGUAAAGCCCUUCAUUCAAAGUUGCCCAAAUCCAUUUAAAAUUUAACUUAAAUGCAAAUUUGGGAUCCUUUUGAAGACUAAAGUCUUGGAGUAUUGGCUUUUCUGAUCCACUUUUGUUUGGACCAAAACCAGUAUUGUAAAAAGUGUUAAGUAUAUAUUUUUCUAUGACUUGUUUAAAUGGACUUAGGGUGACUUUGGAUAGUAAGGAUGUCUACUUAAUUUUAAAGCCAUGAUAAUUAUUACUGGCUGAGUGAUAAAUAAACCAUGGGUAAUU